AUGGCUUCCACUUCCUUUCUCUGUCCAAAACACACCACCCUUUUCCUCCCUACCCACCAACUAUCCAACAACUCUGUCUCUAACCUCACUGAUUUAUUCGUCCGAUUCCCAAACUCCGGUUCUGUCUCUUUCCGAUCCGAUUAUGUAUCGUCGUUGUCUCAUGUUCGCCCAAAGCGGAAGCAAUUGAGGGUGUGUGCAAACUCAGCUGCCCAGGUGAUGGACCAGUCGCCGAGUAAAAUGGGUUCUAUGGUUCGUACCAUUGUCAAGGUCGAUUUGGGUGACCGGAGCUACCCGAUUUAUAUCGGAUCUGGACUUCUCGAUCAACACGAGCUUCUUCAGAAGCAUGUUCAUGGCAAAAGAGUCCUUGUUGUUACUAAUACCACAAUUGCACCGCUAUAUUUGGAUAAAGUUGUUACUGCUUUAUCCGAUGGGAAUCCAAAUGUUACUGUUGACAGUGUAAUUUUGCCAGAUGGUGAACAAUUUAAGAACAUGGAUACUCUAAUGAAAGUAUUUGAUAAGGCAAUUGAGUCACGUUUGGAUCGACGUUGUACAUUUGUUGCCCUCGGUGGCGGCGUCAUUGGUGACAUGUGUGGAUUUGCUGCUGCUUCCUUCCUUCGUGGAGUUAAUUUCAUUCAGAUUCCUACAACUGUUAUGGCACAGGUGGAUUCUUCCGUUGGGGGCAAAACUGGAAUAAAUCACCGGCUUGGGAAAAAUUUGAUUGGUGCAUUUUAUCAACCACAGUGUGUGCUCAUAGAUACUAACACAUUGAACACGUUACCGGAAAGAGAAUUAGCAUCAGGGCUUGCUGAGGUUAUAAAGUAUGGGCUUAUUAGAGAUGCUGAUUUUUUCAAGUGGCAAGAGAAGAAUAUGUCAGCAUUGCUUGCAAGAGACCCUAGUGCAUUGGCGUAUGCUAUCAAGCGUUCAUGUGAAAACAAGGCUGAGGUCGUGUCCUUAGAUGAGAAAGAAAGCGGUGUUAGGGCGACAUUGAACUUGGGUCAUACUUUUGGCCAUGCAAUAGAAACCAGUUAUGGUUAUGGGCAGUGGCUCCAUGGAGAAGCUAUAGCAGCUGGCAUGGUUAUGGCAGUUGACAUGUCAUACCGCCUCGGUUGGAUUGAUGAUUCCAUUGUGAACCGAGUUCAUAAGAUCUUACAAGAGGCAAAGCUACCCACUGCUCCUCCUGAAAUGAUGACCGUGGAGAUGUUCAAGUCAGUCAUGGCGGUCGAUAAGAAGGUGGCGGACGGGUUGCUAAGGCUCAUCCUUUUGAAAGGUCCGCUAGGCAAUUGUGUUUUUACCGGUGACUAUGACAGAAAGGCCCUGGACGAAACACUACAAGCUUUUUGCAAGUCCUGA